AUGGUGCUCGAAGACCAGCGGUUCAUCCACGAAGAUCUGGAGAGAUUGGAGCAAGCAAUAGCGGACCGCAUCGCUGAAGAUCCUCGUAAUAUACGUGAACGUUUAUCGCGCGACCAUGAGGUGGCCGAUUUCCUGAAUCGCAUAGAUGAGCAGUCAAAGAGGUUACUCGACAUCUACAACAAUGCCGACGGAGAACGCGAGAAGGAGAUCCAGGCCAUCUCCACCGGCGACCAGUUCGAAGAGUUCUACAAGCGACUAGACGAGAUCAAAGAUUUUCACAAGCGGUAUCCCAAUGAGCCGAUCGAAAACCUCGAACGGGCGUACAAACGCCGCCAACCUGGAGAGGGCGAGCCGACAGGGAUGGAGGUUGAUACAAUGUUUACAGGUGAAGAAGGAUAUGGGCAGUUCCUUGAUCUCACGAGACUACAUGACGAAUACCUGAACUUGCCCGGCAUCAAAAGAAUAUCCUAUAUACAGUACCUUGAUGUAUUCGACGCUUUCACACCGCCACAAAUGCCCAUCAAACGAAACAGCAAACUCUCCGACAAAUACUUCCAAUACGUAGGGGAGCUUGCAAAUUACCUCGAAGAAUUUAUCAAGAAGGCCAGACCGCUGCAGGAUCUAAGCAAGAUUUUCGCUAGCUUCGAUGAUGACUUCGAGAAACAAUGGGCCGCGAAUCAAGUUCCUGGGUGGACAGAAGAGAACAACAGCACGCAGGGCCCAAAAACCGAAGGUUCAGGUGAGGGUACCUGGUGCCCCGAUUGUGAGAAGGAAUUCAAGAAUGAGAACGUGUACAAAAACCACUUGACAGGCAAAAAGCACAUCCGAGCUGCCGAGGCUCGUAAGGCUGCAGGUGAAUCAGGCGAUGCACCUGCACCACCUGCCAAUGGCGGAACUUCAGGGGCUCACCGUCUAAAGGAACGAGCAGUGGCGGAGCGUGAACACCGUGUUCGUUCGCUAGCAAGAGUACUUAUCAACGAGCGUCAAGCGACAAAGGCCAAUGUUGAGCGAAGACAGGGCAUGACGGAGCGAGAGCGCCAAAUGGAGCUAGAAGCAAUGCUGGCAGAACCUGAAGAUUUUGGAGAGCAAGGAAAUGAGUCUGAUGAGGAAGGAGAAGACCGCGUUUACAAUCCCCUCAAGCUUCCACUUGCUUGGGAUGGGAAGCCGAUUCCGUACUGGCUCUAUAAACUACACGGCUUGGGCGUGGAGUAUUCCUGCGAGAUAUGCGGUAACUACGUGUAUAUGGGCCGCCGCGCAUUCGACAAGCACUUCUCCGAGGCGCUACAUAUCUUCGGUUUGAAAUGUCUCGGCAUCACGUCAAACACUAACCUCUUCCGCGAAAUUACUAAGAUAGACGAUGCUAUUCGGCUCUGGGAAAAGCUGGAGCAGGGCCGCAAGAAGGACAGAGACCUUAAAGAUAAUGUGGUACAGAUGGAGGAUGCAGAGGGCAAUGUGAUGCCGGAAAGGAUAUAUCUCGAUCUCCAGAAGCAGGGUAUCCUUUGA